AUGCACAACACAUGGAAGGCACCCAAGGAAGUGCCUAACGCAUCGCACCAGGCUGCCCGCUUGGAUGCCUCGCCAGUGUCUGGCCGCUCCUAUGUGCCUGAGUGCUGCCGAACCUCUGGAGCUCCUCGGGUGCACCUUGGCCAUGCCCUUGAACCCGACCUUCCUCUCGCCUUCUUCAGGAAGUUCGUCCGGUUCGAGUUGAGGCUCUCGUGGAUGGAUGCCGCACGAAAUUGGGUGCGCGUGAUGGAUGCGCCAGCCGCGGUCGCCGCGACCACCCGGCAGGUCUUUCUAAGUGGCCGAGGCGUUUGA